AUGGCUGCUAGAACACAAUUCGAAAACUCUAACGAGGUUGGUGUAUUCUCCAAGUUGACCAACUCAUACUGUCUGGUCACUGUUGGUGGGUCUGAAAAUUUCUACUCUGCUUUUGAAGCUGAACUCGGCGAUGCCAUUCCUAUUGUUCACACUACUAUUGCCGGAACCCGUAUUGUCGGUAGAAUGUGCGCUGGUAACCGUAGAGGUCUACUAGUGCCCACACAGACUACGGAUCAAGAGCUGCAUCAUCUCAGAAACAGUUUGCCAGAUAGCGUGAAAAUCCAAAGAGUUGAAGAGCGCCUGUCGGCUCUGGGUAACGUAAUCUGCUGUAACGAUUACGUGGCUCUAGUGCAUCCUGAUAUUGACCGCGAAACCGAAGAGUUGAUAGCCGAUGUGUUGGGGGUUGAGGUUUUCCGUCAAACCAUCUCGGGCAACGUGCUAGUGGGCUCUUACUGUUCGCUGAGCAAUCAAGGUGGUCUAGUGCACCCUCAAACCACGAUUCAAGAUCAAGAAGAACUCUCUUCUCUGCUGCAAGUGCCGUUGGUUGCAGGUACCGUAAACCGCGGUUCUGCUGUCGUUGGUGCCGGUAUGGUGGUCAAUGAUUACUUGGCCGUUACUGGCCUGGAUACCACAGCUCCGGAACUAAGUGUCAUUGAAAGCAUUUUCCGUCUGCAAGACGCACAACCAGACUCGAUUUCGGGCAAUUUGCGUGACACUUUAAUUGAAACUUACUCUUAA